CCUUGCUCUCUGCGUACUCGCUGCCCGUGCUGUCGUCUUCGCUUUCAUCAAGUGCUUUUGAACCAUGGCUUUGAUUGAAGUUAUUGCUAAUGACCGUCUCGGCCGCAAAGUUCGUGUGAAGUGCAGUCCAGACGAUACCGUCGGCGACCUGAAGAAGCUCAUCGGUGCUCAGACCGGCACGGAUCACACGAAGAUCCAGCUCAAGAAAUGGUACACGAUCUACAAGGACCACAUCACGCUCGCGGACUACGAGAUUCACGACGGCAUGAGUCUGGAGAUGUACUAGCUUCGCCCCGUUCCGCCGUCCCUUGGAUCCGCAUCGCGAUCCGUUCCCUUACGUUGCAAACUCGAGGCUAUCUAAAGUCAUAAAGAUGUGGCGCGGUGCCCCGCCGCGCAUGUAUGUACGAGUAGGAGGAAUGUGAUAUUUUGUUCUCCAUGGACUCUGGUGAGC